AUGCCGAUGUGGUGUCCACCAACGCCUCCAACUUCUGACAAUGAUGUGUACGUCGACUACUCUCUAGGUUUUCUUUAUGAAAAUUCACCAAUGACUGAAGCGCAAUUGCCACCUGUUUAUGUCAAGAAAGAAUUGAAGCGCAGUCGGACUGAAACAACGUCGAAUGAACGAGACGGUCGACGGCCGGCUAAAAUUCGUCAUAAAGAUGAAUCUGUAUUUGCUCCACGUUCACUGUUUGAUCGUCCGACUCCAGCGUUACUUAAGGCACGACGUGAUAUGAAGUUACACAAACAUCGUGGAAUACGUCCACCUAUAACAAUAACUGGAGUUAAACCGACGGUAUUAAAAUCAAUUGAGCCGGAACCGAUGCUAGACUGGCUAGUGCACGAAGACUGGGCAUUGUUGCAAGCUCUUCAAGUGUAUCAAGGCUUGGCAUUGAAUUUAAUGAUCAUAUCACCUGCACAUACUCCUAACUGGGAUCUUGUUGCGGAUAUUGUUAAUAAUACUUCACGUAUAUACCGAUCACCUAAACAGUGUCGGUAUCGAUAUGAAUCGGUCAUUGUUCCACGUGAAGAAGGAAAAAUAAUGUAUGAUACAACUUCUAAGAAACAAAAGAAACAAAAAGGUCUUAUGAAGUUACCGCACGUGGUUGAGCAACACAACAAAUCAAAUCGUCCAAUGCGUACGAGUCAGCUUUACGAUCACGAUAAAAACAAUUCAUUUACACUGAUGUGUAUUCAACGUAUUGAUACAGUUAAAAUGGUAUCAAGUAAACGUCCAGAACCAACAAAACCUCUUCUGGUAAAUCCAUCGUUGAAAAAUCCUAAACACGCGGUCGUAUUGGCUGAUCAUGGUAUUCAAUAUGACAGUCCUCUGUCACCAAUUGAAGUUGCUACUCGUCGAGCUGAAAGGAUCGCCAAAGAAAAACAUAAAAAUGUUAAUAUAUUGACACCCGAACAACAGGCGGUAGCAACAGCAGCACGAUUAGCUCAACAGCAACAAGCUCAACAACAAGUUCAAGCUCAAUUACAACAAGUUCAACUUCAACAACAAGUUCAACAGUCUCAAGCACAGCCACAAGUUCAGUCUCAACAGAUUCAUAUUAAUUCGCAACAGCAACAAAUUGUACAGCAAGUAGCCGCUAUAAAUACAACAACUUCACAAUUACAAUCUCAAAUAGUAUCAGUAACUGCAGCUGGACCAACAAUUAAAACAACCAGCGCGACAAGUGCAGUAACAACCGGUACUUCAGUCGUUACAGCUUUAAAAGUUCGUCAAAGCGCUUUGCCUAUACAAGACGUACGGCCUAAUACUGCUGUCGUGAGUGUGGCAAGUCUUCAACCUGGUCAACGUAUUCCCACUGGUAGUUUAGUGUCUGUAGCACAAUCAGGAGCUCAGAAGGGUAUUGUAAGUGUGACAAUGGCCGCGCCACCAGGUGCCAAGUCGUUGACACCCAGUCAGUUGCAGUAUUACGCGCGACAGCAACAACUUUUAGUACGUCAGCCUUACAAUGCUGCUAAUCAGCAGCAACUAAAAGCACUUCAGGCAGCAGCCAGUGGACAGAAAGUUUCAGUUGCUGUUACGGGAACUCCACAGCAACGAGCAACUUUAAUGAAACAAGGUGUUGUCGCGGGUACUGUAGCUCAGGUAGCUGUUGGUAAAUCUAUAUCACGUGUUGUACCAGAAGCUGACAUGGCGGCUAUGAUUAAAAGACAAGUUGCACUUCAGCAGGGUAAAGCUGUCGUGCAAAUGUCGUCACCCUCGGGAUUAACACCACAUCAGAUUCUUACACAAGCUGGCCUUCAUGCGCAACAAUCUGGUAGCUCGACGAGUGGCGCUGCUGGUGCGACUGGUGUUGCUGGUGGAACACCAGUUACGGCGGCACUUGUCAAAGCCAGUAUGGUUCGUGGUGCAGCAACGUCUCAACAUCUGCGUCAACUUGGUAUGCACCCUAUGAUCAAUUCCAAGAGAUUGACUGGACAAAAAGUAACUCAGCUUGCUCAAAUGGCGGGUAAAGUUGGUGUACAAGCCCAAUUUAUUGUUCAGCCUAAAUGUAAUACUGUCACGGUACAGCAAGUUUUUAAAAAUGUACAACCGUCUACUAUGCAACAAUUUGCUCAGGUAUCAGCUGGAACUGGUGUGACUCCUUCCGGACAAGUCGUACUAACAAAGCCGCCUUUACAAACACGAGUAAUUCCAGUAUCUGUUUCAUCAUCAAACGCAUUAAAACAAACAAUUCAAGUUGUUACUGCAAGCAGCGCCCAAUUAAGGCAGGCAUUACCGCAACAAGCUAAGCCUAUUACUACAGAAUGUCGCACACUCAAUGCUUCAACAACAAGCUAUUCAACAGCAGCAGCAGCAACAGCAAGCUAUUCAACAACAACAACAGCAACAACAACAACAACAACAACAACAACAACAACAACAACAACAACAACAACAACAACAACAACAACAACACAACAACAACAACAACAACAACAACAACAACAACAACAACAACAACAACAACAACAGCAGCAGCAGCAGCAACCACAACAACCACAACCUCAGGCGUCUAAUAGUCAACAAGAUCCGUUAGCUAAAUAA